AAGGUAAACAGGGGGCUCAUGAAGUCACUCAGGACCAAUGGGGAGCGCGGAGCGGGACCUGGGGCGGGGCUCGGCCCUGGCGGCGGGCGCCGAUUGGCGAGCUGCGAAUCUCCCCGCUGCCUUACAAGGCGGUGCGAGGCGAGCUAUUUUUAGAGGGCUAUAUAAGGGGGUUGAGGCGGCCGCACAGCGGCCCGGUAGCGUGAGCGCGAGGGACGGGGAGGGUCGCGGCGACACUCGCGCCGGCUCCCGGGACGCCGAGGCGGCUGGGUUCGGGCCGCACGCCGGCCUUCGACCUUCGCUUUGGUGCCAGAUGGAGCCCCGGGCGGCCGGAGCCGGCGCCCCUCAGAAGGGAGAGGGUCGCAUAUCGCCAUUCUGGCGUGGACGCGGCCGGUCAGGAGCUACCAGGGUGCAGAGAAGAAGCGCCGGAGGAGGAAGUGCCACACAAUGGAACAGAACAAAGGGGAGCGGCGCGCAGACAGCGGCCCGGGGCCCGCCCCGCGCCAGGCCCCGCCCCCAGCCCGCCGGCGCCCCGGCGCGCGCCGCCGCGCCCCCACCCCCUGCCCAGCCCCAACGCUGGGGACCCGGCGAGGGUCGGAGUCCCAGUUAGAGUUGAUUGGAAGGGGACAUAGUACAAGAAGUGUGUGUUAAAGACAAGAGAGGGAGUCCGGGUAGAUGUGAGGUGCUAGCAGGAGCAGGCAACUUGUUUGGGGUCUUAAACGUGAGGCCCCCCUUGUGACUUGGAGAGAAAGUGUCAGACAGCCAAGCUGCGGUGGUGAGAGGAGAACCCAGAUUGUGUUUUCGAUACAGCUAACAUAUAGAGAUGUAUAGACUCUUAGCUGAAAGCUCUACACUAUGCCAGUUGCUAGGGUUGACCAGUUGUUUGUUUGACCUUAAAUGGUUAGUGUGGUUGAAGCUUCCCCAAAAUGCACUGUGAGCUGAACUUCCACUUUUGGAAUGAUUGCAGAAUUUGGUACUUAGAAAUGAGAAGCUUAAUUCAACUCAUAAUGGAAGAAACAAAUCCGUCUUAAUCGCCCUUCUCAACUGUCUCCUUCUGACAAUGUGGAACUCCAUAUCACAAUAUUUGAAAGAUUCUACUUUAUAGGACGAA